CGCACGCGCAGUGUCCCAGCCCGGACAUGCGGGGCGGCGGGGUCUGGGGUCGCGCGUGGGCUGAGUUGCGGGGGUCCCGGGCCGUGGGCGUGCUCGCCGGGCGCGGGCAGGGGCCGGGGGCCGAGAGAGGCCGGCGCCCAGGGACCCCGAGUCGGGAGGCGCUGGUGCACGUGCUGCGGGCCGCCGUGCUGGACCGCAGAGGACCUCUGGUGACACUCAACAAGCCCGCUGGUCUGCCGGUGACAGGGAAGCCGGAGGAGCCGACGCUGCUCUCGGUGCUGCCAGAGCUGAGCCGGGCCCUGGGGCUGCAUGGGCCGGAGCUGCAGGUGGUCCGAGCCGCUGAGAGGGAGACCUCUGGGCUUGUCCUCCUCUCCAGCUGUCCCCAGACCACAAGCCGACUCCAGAAGUUCUUCUCCGACUCCCGGAGAGCCCAGAGGCCUACGGCCACCUACUGGGCCGUCACGGAUGGGGUCCCAGCCUCCACUGAGGGGAGGGUCCAGGUGGCCCUGAAGUUGGAGCAUGUGGAUGGGGUCAAAGUCGCCGUCCCCGUGAAGGCCGCGUCCCGAAGGGCCGUCCAGGAGGGGGCCAGGAGGACCCUCAGCUACUUCCGUGUGCUGGACACAGGCUCUGGCUGUGCGCUGGUACAGCUGCAGCCACUGACAGCCUUCCCCGGCCAGCUGCAGGUGCACAUGCUGCUCCAGCUCUGCGCCGUCCUGGGGGACCACACGUACCAUGCCCGCCUGGGCUCCGUCCUGGGCCAGCGCUUCCUGCUGUCCGCCGAGAGCACCAAGCCCCGGCCACAGGUCCUGGAUGCCGCCCUCCUGUCACGCCUCCACCUGUCGCCCGCCCAGGCGGCCCGGCUGCCUCUGCACCUGCACCUCCACUGCCUCCGCCUGCCGGGGGCUGGGCCCCGGGACGCCCCCGUGGAGCUCCGCGCCCCGCUGCCCCCACACUUCUCCAGGACCCUCCAGGACCUGGGGCUCCGCCAGCACUAGACUCGCUCCCGCCGCGCCCUCGGAGAGCGGGGAGUUGGCGCUGCCCGGUGGGCGGGCCUGGGGGUCGGCCCUCACGGUGGCUGGAGACUAGGAAUCUGACCGCGCCGGCCUCGGUGUAUCCCCGGCACCGCCAGGACGGAACCGCAGCACGGUGGGGCAAGACACCAGGCGCGGCCCCGAAAAUAAAACUGUCCAGAACGAUCUUCA